AGAUGAACACAUUAGUCCACGUACUGAUACACACCUUUACACGCAUACAUACAAACAUAUACACUUUAUAGGCAUACGUAAUUUGAUAUAAUAAACAGAUUACCACAGGAAACAACCGAUAUAUAUUCCGGACAAAAGUGACCAGCAAUGAUUAUUUGGUAUUCUACUUUUUAAUCUGAGUAUAUUUCAAUUAUUUGAUUUCAUGGUUGACAUUUCAUACUUAUUUGUCUAAUAAUUAAUUAUCUGGAAUAAUAAAAUACAAUUUGGAAAAUUAUACAAAAAGUUUAUUGUUCUCAAUUGGUGAAAAUUAAAAGAUAACGAAGAAAUCUUUUGAAAACACACAAGAUUUUGAUCUUUAUAACGCCUACAACGUAAUCUCAACAGUGACGCUGAGGACGUGUCGAAUAAAACAAUUUUUUUGAACGAGAAAACAAACAAACAAUCAUCAAAACCAUUCGAUCGGACAGGGUGAUGUAUAACUUAUCAUUUUCCAUUGAAAUCUAUUUUUAUUUACAUUGUGCAUGGGAAUAUGGAUAAAACAGUCGUAUCGGAUUUAUUCACUUCUAUGAAAACGAUGUAAUAUUAGUAAUUUUUACAUGUGAUAAACUUUAACUGAUCUAAUUAUUUUUCGAGAGUGAAAGACAGAUUUAAGCAAACCGAAUAAAUAAUAAAUAAACAAUUGAAAAAAAAUACAACAAUCGAUCAAUCGAAUCACCAUAAUUAAUAAUUACUUGAUCAAUUUAUUGAAUAAUUAUUAGUUGACAAUUAGAACAUAACAUAACAUAGGUAAGAUCUCAUUGAACUAAUUCAUGUUCAAUUCCCAGUGGACAUUAUCAAAUUUAUCAUCAUCAUUAUUAUUGUCAGUUGUUCUACAUUUAUCGCUAUCACUACGACUAGUACUACUUUUAUUACUACUACUAGUAAUAUCAUUCAUAUUAGUAUUAUUGAUUUUCACUCAUUAUUAUUAUAAUAACUCAUCUCAUUAUUCUGUCAUCAGUUGGUUGAAUAACUAUCUAUCGUCGGCAACUACAUUCAUUUCCUCUUCUCCCUAUUUUACGGCAUCACUAUCACUGUCAUCCUUGUCUUCAGCAUCAUGGAUGUUUUGCAUAUUGUUCAGCUGUUUAGGUUUAUGGUUAUGGAGAUUUGUAUGUCAUGUCAACACACAGUUAUAUCAUCAAAAGGUUAUACUAUUAUUUUUUAGAAACAUAAUCGGUAAUUUUAUUGGUAGUAUUGGUAAUUAUAUAAUUUACAGUAAAAUAUAUGCCAUACUACUUGUAUUGUGCACCGAUUUAAUCAAUUUCAUAUCUAAUUUAAUCAGAGAGUGGAAUGUAAGCAAUGCAUUGAAGAGCAUAAUUGAUAAAUCCAUAAGAUUUACACAUCGUAAACAUUCAAGUCAUGGAAUGAAUACAUUAUUCACUUUAUACCUUGGAUUAUUAAUUUAUGUAGAAUUAUGGGGAUUUAAUUAUGUUGAAAGUAGACCGAUUCCAAGUGGAGUGGAACGUAGAUACGGUAAUUUAGAUUUGCAUCCGUCUAAAUCAUCAUCAUUAUCAUCAUCACAACAAAGAACGCCAAAAGUGGUUAUGCCACCGUAUGAUCUUGGCUUUAAAGGUCAGAAGACUGAUGAACUGAAUAAAGCAGGUUCAUCAUCAUCGUCAUCUUCAUUUUUCAAUGAUUUUAAUAGUAACUUUGAUCAAAUGAAAGGUUUUCAAUCAGAUGAAACAUAUGUAAGAGAUUCUCAAAUACACCAGCAAAAACACCAAAGGUUACAACAAGAGCAACGCUAUCAAAGAGUAAAUCGUGAUAAUUUCAAUUCACAAAAAGAGAACAUCAAUCAUGAUGAUGGUGACGACAAUAAUGCUAAAUUAUUUAAUGCCCAGUUGAUUUAUGAUUCUAAAUUGUCUAAAUCUAAUCAUAUAAAUAAGAAUAAUGUCAGAUCAUAUGGACAGUCUCCGUCAGUAUCAUCAUCUAUACCAGACAAGGAAAUAAAUGAACGACUUGAUUAUAGACGGGUAAACCUCGCACCGUCUAAGCAACCAAUCCAACAACAAAUACCCUAUUCCCCAUAUAAUCCAUAUGCAAAAAUGAAUGACUAUCAAGAAUCACUAUAUAUACCUGAUCGAAAAACCUUGUAUGAUGUUAAUACUCAACAACAGUAUUCACCGCAACAGGAAACAAACUGGGUCAGGAAAAACCAAAAAAUGAAUCCAUAUCAACGUCAUGAGUUAUAUGAUGAUUAUAGAGCUUAUAUGGAUCGUGAAGAUUCAUCUAGUUGGUUUCCUAUGCCAUCUUAUCAAAGUAAUAAUCACCACGAGAAUAACCCAUUAAACAAUAGACUGCUGUAUUCACAACAAUCAAAAUUACCAAAUCAGCGCCAACAAUCUUCCGGUAUAAAUAGUUAUUUAUAUUUUGACACUCCAAACAAUGAUAUCAGUAACAAUUAUCAUAGUAAUCAACGUAAUCCAUUAUCAUCUUUCCCGGAGAUUUCUGAUGUUCAAUUAUCUCACUUGAUUUAUCAAUAUCAAAUGGAAUUAUUACGUCGACAAACUGGACGUCUAACUCAUAAUGAUUAUCAGUUAGGACAUAAUUAUUACGGUCAGCCAGGGGAAUCAUCGUCACAUUAUUUACCUAAUUAUUAUCAUUCACAAGAUCAUGGAUUACACUUGUCCGGAGCAAAAAAUCACGAUCAAAUCAUUCAAAAAUUUAAUAAUUUAGCUAAUCAACGUUUAAUGGCUGGUAUUGAGGAAUUUUUUGACGAACUGGAUCAUAAUAGAGAUAGAGUAAUUACAUUGAAUGAACUUCGUAAUUACUUAUUAUUGCAUGAAAUUCAUUUUACACAUUGAAUUAUGAAAAUUUUCAUAUAAAAAAUAAUUUCAAACUAUCAUCACAUGAAUAACACAAUUUAAUCAUAGGAGUUCAUUAAUUUCAUCAUACAUAUACGACUGACUGAUUGAAAAAAAUAUAUAAUAACUUUUGCACCAAGAUAUAACUGUGGCUCACAGACAUAUAUAUAUAUAUAUAUAUAUAU